UUAUAUAUAUAAACUACAAAAAGUAGUGUUUUCUUCAUUUUCCAUUUUCACAGCAAUUCAUCAUAAUGAAUAAUACUUCAACAGAAAAUGGCUAUAACUUAUGGAGUGAAAUCAUUGAAUCAAGCAGAACAACAUUCAAAUCUCAUGUUCGCCAUUUUCAUGCAAUUUCAAUCCUAUUCCUCUUCCCUAUCAUUCUCUCUCUAAUUGUAUAUCCUUCUUUCGAGCUUGCCAUAUUUCACCCCGAUUAUCAUUUCACUAGCUAUGCUCAACUUCAAUUUCCUCAACUUUUCGCAAUUUCAAGUUUCGAAACUAUUCUACUUGUACUGUAUGCUCUGUUUUUGACAUUCUUUUUCAUCUGUGGAGUAGGCACUACUACAUAUAGCGUUGUUCAAGUGAUCUAUGAUAGACCGAUCAACGUCUUUUCGUCUAUUAAAUCUAUGAGAAAUUCAUUCUUCCCUCUUCUCUCCACCUUCAUUGUUUCGCAAACAAUUUUCAUUUCAUCCACUCUUCUUUUCGCCCUAAUUUUGGUGUUUGUAGUGCGAAUUCUUCAAUCUCUUGGACUAAUUGAGCUCAAAUCAAACUCCGAUCACUUGUUAUUUUUGGUUAUUUUCUGGUUGAUCGUGAUUGUACCGAUUCUGAUUUGGCUACAAGUGAACUGGUGUUUAGCUUAUGUGAUAACAAUGGUUGAAUCGAAGAAGGGUUACGAGACACUAAGGAGAAGUGCGAAGUUAGUAGAAGGGGAGAGAUGGGUAGCUUUGAAGAUUCUUAUGUAUUAUGGGACUGUGAUUGUAUAUAUGGUGGUUUGGUAUGCCAUGUUUUUAGCAAAACGCGAAACAUGGAGGAGCUUCGCGGGAAUACUGGUGACUGUGUGUAAUUCGGCGAUGGGAUAUAUACUGAUGAAUCAGUAUCUUAUGGCAAACGUGGUGUUGUAUAUGCACUGCAAGGAGUUGAAUGAUGAGAAAUUGAUGUCGAAAACUGCUGCUGGAGAAUACGUUUCUCUGUCCGUUGAAGAAGAAGAGACGAAUCAUGAUGCUGUGUAGUUAUUUGGUUUUGUUUUAAAUUAGAAAAGAUUAAACGUGUGGUACUUUGAUAUUGUAAUUGAAGAGAUGUAUGAGCCAAAUAGUUAUAUAUUGAUAUGUAAAUAUUAUGGAUAUGUUAUCGGAACGUGGUAUUGUAUGCGUAUUGCGAGGCAUGCACAUGAUCUAUUGUACAUUUCUACAUAGCAAAACCAUUUGGCUUACACAAUCUGUGCAAUUUACAAAACAAACCAAGUCUUACACGAUUUUUAAAGAAAUUAAACAGGCUCAAGCUAUCACAAGGUAAACUUCAAAGGAACCAGCUACUAGACGGUUUGAUAGUAAAACGAUUGAUUUGUAUGUUCAGUAUUACUGCAGCCGUCAGGCUCGAGAUUUUCCUCUCGAUUCACCUGCUUAGACAUAGUUCACCAUCUUUCAGUACCGACAUGUACUACACAAUAUUAUGAUUCUUCUCCUCGUCGUCCAAUGGCACUGAUACAUCUUCGAAUGACAAUUUUUCGCCUUCCAAGCCCUUGCAAUACAUAUAUAAUACCACAUUCAAUACAAGAAACUGAUUCAUUCCCAAAGUUCCCAGCACUGUACACUGCACGACUUGUGAUGUCACAGAAAAACUCCGCCAAUGAUCGCGCUUUCCCACACCCAAAAUCACAAAAACGACGUUACUCCCAAUCACCAUUGCUCCCAACGAUAGCCCGUAGAACAAAUGUGUCCAGAAAGCAACCCAUCUCAUCCCUUUCACCAAAUACGCACUUCUCCUCAGCGUUUCGAAUCCCCAUUUGGAUUCAACCGCUGCUAUCGCAUAAGCUAAUGACCAGUUCACCUGUAACCAUAGCAGUACUGGUACGAUCACGAGAAUGAACAAAAACCAGAAGUGAUUCGAGUCGUUUUGGAGUUCAAUCAACCCGAGAUCUUUAAGAAUUUGGAGUGAAACAACAAAAACAAGGGCAAUAAUGAUAAUAACUGAAAUGAAUAUGGUAUGAGAAACGAUGAAGGUGGAGAGAAGGGGGAAGAAAGAAUUUCUGAUAGAUAUAAUCGACGAUAUGAGGUUCAUCGGUCUAUUCUUGUACGCUUGAACGGUGCUAUAUGUAAUUGUGGCUAUGGAACAGAGGAAAAACAGGGCAAAAAACAGAGUGCACACCAUGGUUACAAAAAUUUCGAAACUGGAAAUGGAAAACUGAGUUGAAAUGAUGAAAUUAUAAUCGGGAUGAAAGAAGGCAAGAUCGAAAGAAGGAUAUACAAUUAAAGAGAAAAUUAUAGGCCACAGGAACAUGAUUGAAAGUGCAUGGAAAUGGAGAGAAUGAGAUCUGAGUACGAGCAAUGUUGAAUUUAGGAUCUGUCUCCAUACGGGUAUACAAUUUUCUGUCGAAGCAAACGACAUUGAGUUCGAUGAUGCAGAAGAUGAAUGAAUGAAUGCUGGUGAGAAAUGAAAAAUGAAAGAAUCAGUUGUAGAUAUUUGUAUUAGUAUUGGCUCUAAGAAACAGUCAAAUUAAGGGGACAUUUAAAGCUUCUCCUUUUCUGAUUCGACCAAGACCAAGUCGUCAUAUAAAUAAUUGGUCACAAGACAACUGGCACUAUAGUGAAGACGUAUCAAAGGAAAGGUAAUUAAACAAGACAUGUCACAACUCAAAACUAUCGAGAACAUGAUUUUAAAAAAAAAUAAAGAGGAGUGCUAGGAACCACAAGAGUUGUAGGAUAAGCCAAAAGGAAAUAAUACUUGUGUACUGUUUUACCUUCAGUUUUCACACACAUCUUGGGCAGCAGCUCCUGCUGAAGCAAUUGUAGUGGUUGUCGUCUUCUUCUUCUCACUUAACUCCGAUGUCUACUCCUACCGAAAAUGGUAGCCAACGGGUAGAGAUCCUGAAACCAAUUCACCGCAUAAUGAAGUCUCACCCUCGACAUCUCCAUGGACUUUCAAUUCUCUUCUUCUUACCAUUGUUCACUCUCAUCGUAUAUCCUUCUUUCCACCUCGCCCUCUUUCAUCCCGACUACAAUUUCUACCAACUUGACUCUCACUACCUUCCCAUUUCCAGUUUCGAAAUUGUCUUACCCAUACUAUACACUCUCUGUAUAUCCCUAUUUUACCUCUGUGCCGUAGCCACUAUUACACACAGUGCUGCUCAAGCAUUGUGCGAUAAACCGAUCAAUCUUCUUUCCUCUGUUAAAUCUAUUAGAAAUUCCUUCUUUCCUCUUCUCUCAACUUUUAUCCUCUCUCAUACCAUUCUCAUUUCAAUUGCUCUGUUUUUCGUUAUAGUCGUAGUUUUCCUAGUCCAAAUUCUUCGAUCUAUCAGAUUAAUUGAACUCAAAUACGACCUGAAUCACUUUUUAUAUUUGUGUUUUUUCUCGUUGAUUGUGAUUGUACCGAUUCUUCUUUGGCUACAGGUGAAUUGGUUAUUAGCUUAUGUGAUAGCAGUGGUUGAAUCUAAGUUUGGUUUCGAAGCAUUGAGGAGAAGUGCGAAUUUGUUAAAGGGGAAGAGAUGGAUAGCUUCGUACACGAUGCUGUUUGACGGGCUUUUAAUGGGACUGUUGGUGGUUACUCAUUCCAUUAUUCCAGUCGCGGUGGGUGUUGCCCGUGGUAGCUUGGUGGUGAUAUUGGCGGUUGUGGCGGGAUCUCUUAUGAUGAAUUACCAUCUUCUAAAGAAUGUAGCUUUGUACAUGUAUUGUAAAGAACAAUUCUUCAAUGGUGAAAAGUUGCUAUUGGAGAGCGGAGACAAGUUCACCGGAGCUAAUGAGUAUGUAGACAAUGAGAAAAAAUCAUGCUAUUGAGUAAGGGGGUACUAUGAUGUGGUGGGUACUGGCAUCGUCUGGGAUGAGAGAGUUACGUGCUUCUGUAUUUGUAUUGCAACGACUUUAAUGGAGGAAAAUUAACCUUGGAGGGAAUCGAAGGCAAGUUUUCAGACGAAUUUGUAUAUUUGCCCUUAGACGAUGAGAAGAAUCAUGCCAUUGUGUAAUUUAUGGUUAUAUGAAAAAUCAACUUCAUUUGUUUAUAUAUGCAAAGAUUAAUGGUGAUAUAUUGUUGUGAGGUAAUGAAUAAGAGAAUCCCAUGUUCAUAAUACAUGAAUUAGUUAUUGA